AUGAAGAAUUCGGUUUCGGACCAGAGUUUUUACAUAGAGAGUGAAGGAGAGGAUGAAGAGAAGGGAUACAACAAAGGUGAGGAUGGCGCAGAUGGAAAUGAUUCUGAUUCUUCCAAUUACUUGAAUGAUGACGAUAACUACAAUCAACGACAGCAGAGCAACUUCAGCACACAGUGGCCUCAAAGUUACAGGCAAUCAAUUGAUCUAUACGGUAGUGUCCCUUCUCCUAGUCUUAACUUUCUGGGGACACCAUCAUUGUCCCGCUUAAGCAGCUCAUUUCUUUCCUCGUCACUUACGAGGAGACACACUCCCGAGAUAUUACCUUCUCUGAGCAAACCGCUCAUACCUGCCGUAGAGGAUGAUAAAGCGCGAGACAUAUAUACUUCCCAUCUUCCAAUUCCGCCUACCCCAACAAGGAAGCCUAGCGUAAAGAAAACAAGUAUUUAUGAGAAAACUUCAAAGGUCUCACAUGAACUUCCAAUUUCUCGUCAGAGCUCAUACGGACAAGCAGUGAUAAAUGGGAUGAAUGUUCUAUGUGGAGUUGGACUCCUUUCUACUCCUUAUGCUGUCAAACAAGGAGGUUGGGCUGGGCUUUCUAUAUUGUUGAUUUUUGCAGUGCUCUCUUUCUACACUGGGGUUCUCUUACGUUACUGCUUGGACAGCCAACCUGGCCUAGAAACAUACCCGGACAUUGGCCAGGCUGCCUUUGGUACUGUGGGACGUGUUGCAAUAUCUAUAAUUUUAUACGUCGAGUUAUAUGCGUGUUGCGUUGAGUACAUUAUUUUGGAGAGUGAUAACUUGUCCUCGUUGUUCCCAAAUGCACAUUUAAACUUUGGAGUAUUCAAUUUAAACUCUCGCCAUCUUUUUGCAUUGAUGGCCACCCUGGCUGUUCUUCCUACUGUUAUGUUACGAGACCUGAGUGUUCUUAGCUACAUAUCUGCUGGAGGAGUUAUUGCUUCCAUUUUGGUGGUUGCGUGCUUGUUCUGGGUUGGCUUAGUCGAUCAAGUUGGCUUCCAGAUGAAAGGGACGACAUUGAACCUGUCUACUCUUCCAGUUGCUAUUGGUCUUUAUGGUUAUUGCUACUCGGGCCAUGCUGUCUUUCCCAAUAUCUACACAUCAAUGGAAAAACGGAGCCUGUACCCCGCAGUCCUCCUAGCAAGUUUCGGGGUCUGCACUUUGUUGUAUGCUGGAGUUGCUGGUAUGGGGUAUAUGAUGUUUGGAGAAACAACGCAAUCACAGUUCACUCUCAACAUGCCUAAAGAUUUAGUUGCAUCUAAAAUUGCUGUUUGGACAACGGUGGUGAAUCCAUUUACCAAAUAUCCUUUUCUGAUUCAAUUUGCUGAUAUUAUAAAAGGGGACAGCAAUAAUUUUCCUUCUUGUGGCACUUUCUUAACGAAAGACGAAUACUAG